CCCGCUCGGACAGGACGUGCUGGCGGGUCUGUUUCUGGGCGUGCUGGUGCUCUGCUGUCUGAUCCUGCCCUACAUCGACGCCGUCGACGAGUACCUGGUGACGAACACCUACUCUCCGAUCGCGCUGAGCGCGGUUAUCGCGCUCUCGGUGCUGCUGUACCCGGCGGGCAACACGUGGACACCGGCCAGGGGCGACACGGUGAUCAUCUGCGCCGUGGUUCUGGGCAUCUACAGCGGCGCCUGGAUGAACUACAGCAAGCACCUGAUCAGCGCGGCCAGCUCGGCGCCGCCCUACGCCAUCAUCUGGCCGACGUACGAGAUGUGGGGCCAGGUGCUAGCGCGCAGCUCGAUCGGGCUCUGCUCGGUGCUGGCCACCCGGGCCAUCUUCCGCAGUCUCUCGUACGCCACCGUGUGCGCCCUGCUGCGGCUCAACCAGCAGGACGUGACGCUGCGCCGCGCCAACGUCAGCCCGCGCCAGUUCGUCAUCGUCGAGCUCAGCUACAAGUUCAUGACGUACGCGGCGGUCGGGUUUGACAUCAUCUACACAGCUCCGCUGGUGUUCCGGCUGAUCGGCAUCGAGCGGCCAGAGUUCUACACGGAGGUGUAGCCACGCUGCGCUGGUUACACGCGGUUGGCGUCCGCAGAGUGCGGGAACGAGGGCGCGCGGUGCGAUGGACGCGGAUCGAGUGAAGGGCACUAUUGUUGCCAUGACACGUCGGCACUGCUCACGGGUACAGUGCCUGGUUUGGUCAGCUGUGGACGCAUCGAGAACUCGUGGCAAUGCCCAAAGAGACACUUUGCGAUGGACGGAUAUGCACAGCACAUAGUUGCAGCCUGCGGGCUUCAUGGGCCUCUGCGCGCUACCGCUGUCGCUCAACGUGCACUAAUCAUUUAGUGAAAAUUAUCCUGCAUGCUCAUGUUUAAAUAUGUAUAAGUUAAAUUUAAAAUAUGAAUCGCAUCUUCAAUCCGUAUUCCUUCUCACGAACGGGUGCGUGUGUUUAUGUGUGUGCAGCUGUGUAUGUGUGCGUGUGUGCGCACCAGUUGAGACCAACCGUGAUUGCUGGCGUACCGGGUCCGGUCUCCAAUCACGCAGUAACGAUGAUACGGCGGCCUGCAGGGCGGCGCGGGUGUGCACCCCAACUGACAGGGAUAGCACGAGCUGCCCGCAGGGCUCUUCAUUCUACAAUCUGUAUCUCGUCAUACUAUCGAUAAUUCCAAUGGCGGGCACUAUCUGCACCUUUAUUCACCACAUUUACGCACGGUCACCAAACGCCUAUAUCCCGUCGUGCAGUGGGGUGUGUGGCUGCAGCUGUUUGCUGUUUUGUCCGAGUUCCUGUGAUGGCCAAUGUUUCCAGUGCAAUCAAGACGUGGAAUACACGCUGUUUGGGAUGGA